AUGCCGUUUACCAACUUUUACGCUGCUGGCCUCCUGGCACUGACAUUAGUUGGCAACGCCUGUGCUGUCCCCGUUGUCUCCGAGGCCGCAACAAGCGUCUUCUCGGAGCCGACUAAUUUGCCGUCACCAUACGCUAUCUCGCACCACAAUGUUACAUCUCAUGGCCCCUACAAUGGCCCCCCAGCCACAACAACUGGUGCUCUCUCCACCAGCGUCCUCGCUCCCUCUAUCGCCCCGGCGCCUGCUCCGCCCCAGAUUCUCCAGUAUCAACCCGAUGGCAAGCUACAUGCGGACCAACCCAUGCCAUUUACCCCGAGUGGCGGUAUUGGCACCAACGGGUCACUUCCCCUGUACAAAGUAGCCAGCGACUUUGACUACCAGUCCCUCGCCCUGGCGCUUUACCACGAAUGGAUUGAGCUGGACCUCUUCCACUGGGGUCUCGCCACCUUCUCCGACGAGGAGUUUGACUCCUUCGGCAUCAACGCCGAGGACCGCCACCUCAUCCAGCACAUGGCCGACCAAGAAAUCGGCCACGCCUCUGUCAUCGCCAACAUGCUCGGCGCCAGCGCCCCGAAGCAAUGCACCUACAAUUACCCAGUCUCCAACGUCCAGGAGUUCGUCGACUUCAACCAGAAACUCACCCGCUGGGCCGAAGCCGGCGUCUACGGUUUCCUCCCACACCUCGACUCCGGUCCGGCCGCGGCCAUGUUACUGCAAAGCAUCACCGUCGAAGCGCGACAGCAGAUGAGUUUCCGCCAGUUCGGCGGGCAGUUCCCCAUGCCCGAGUGGCACACCCCGGGUAUCCCACAGAGCUGGGCCUGGACGCUACUUGCCCCGUACAUCUCGUCUUGCCCAGCCGACGAAACUCGCUUGGUCUGGCAAAACUUCCCGACACUGCACAUCCUCAACCAACCCAACCCAGCACGCAUCAACGGCGCCGACGUCUGGAACGAGACGACUUGGGGCCCGGCCAACUCCCUCUCAACCAAGGACAUCACCCCCGACGAGUCCUGCGUCAACGGCACCGGCACCGACACCGCCAAUUCUUCCAUGGAUUGCACAGCGGCGAUCGCCCAAAACCGAUCCAUCCCGCUCUCCUACCCCGGCCGUCAAGUCUUCCUGCAUUGGGAUGCACCCGGCCAACUGGUCGGGCCGAACAACAGCUACGUCACCACGACCAACGUAGCCGAGCCGCGGUUUGCCGCCUGGCUGUCCCAGUUGAAUGUGACCUACACGCCGCUGUUGAAUGUGUCCCUAGCGGAACGGACGGCGUACACGGUGCAGCCGAAUGUGUCGACGUGGAAGGGGGACCCGGCCGUUAACGGGACGAUGUUUAUGGCGUUGACGGACACGGACUUGUUUGUUACGCCGUAUAAUGUUACUAUGAUCAACCCGCAUGUGGCUGCGUUGGCGGUGUACCAGGCGGGUUAA